AUGGCGACUGCAAUCCCCUCCAUAGCCUGUAUAGGCAUCAUCGGCCGCAAUAACAACCCCCUUCACAUCCAAAUUUUCCCCUCCCACAACCCCUCAACAAACACCUUUGCGCCGAUCCGCACGCCCCUCCAAUUCUCCCUUCUCCUCUCCUCGACCCUAGACAUUUUUGAACUGCGCCACGGCGGCGGCAACGGGCCUUCUUCAGGGGGCGGCGCCGGCGCCGGUGCAGCGACAGGGUCUACGGGGACGGGCCUGUCAGGCGAGGUAGGACUCCUGCACGCCGUCGACGAGAGGCUGGCCGCGUACGGCUGGGAGACGAAUACGGGCGUCAAGAUUAUUGUCGUCAUCGACAUGCGCGGGCGGAGGGUCGCGGGCGGCGGUGGUGGGAGCGGCGGCGCGGCGGAUGCUCCUGCCAAGGGGCGCGGCGCGGUCGGGCUCAGGGAGCAGGAGUUACGGGUCGUGUUUCGGGCUGUGCAGAGCGCGUAUGUGAGGCUGUUGCAGAACCCAUUUUACGAGCCUGAUGAGCAUUCGCCCGUGAGUGGGCGCGGUGGGCGGGUGAUUAAGAGUAGGAAGUUUGAGGGGGAGGUGAGGAGGAUUGGGGAGGCUUGGACUCCUGGUGUUACGAAUCUUUGA